GCGCUCCACUCGUGUCGCUUCGCAAAUCACAUGACAUACUAAUAAUAAACGAGAGGCAAAAGAUUUCUCCCUCCUCCUCCUCUAGAAAACAUCUCUAACUUUUCUCCCAUGGCGGCUUCUUCUGCUCUCUCCUCACCAGCGCUUCUCUCCAACAACCGCUCUCCUCCGUCAUGCGGCUCCGUCAGAUGCUCGAUGUCCUCCUCGCCGGCUCUCAUCGCUACUCCCAGAUCGUCUCGUUUGCGCUUCACUAUACCUGAGAGGAGAAGCCUCGUCGUGAAAUCAACCGUCGGCGAGGUCUCCUUCCGCGAACCGGAGACAUCGGGAAUGGAAUCGCUGAAACUCAAAUUACUGAGCGUGGUUUCGGGUUUGAACAGAGGACUUGUGGCGAGUGUAGAUGAUCUACAAAGUGCUGAGGCCGCUGCUAAAUUACUUGAAGCCGCUGGUGGGCCCGUGGAUCUAACCAAUGAUCUUGACAAACUCCAAGGGAAAUGGAGGCUGCUGUAUAGCAGCGCCUUCUCUUCUCGCUCUUUGGGUGGUAGCCGUCCUGGACUCCCCACUGGUCGCUUGAUUCCCGUCACUCUUGGCCAGGUGUUUCAGAGGAUUGAUGUGUUUAGCAAAGAUUUCGAUAACAUAGCCCAAGUGGAGAUAGGAGCUCCAUGGCCGUUUCCGCCUCUGGAAGCCACUGCCACAUUGGCUCACAAAUUCGAACUCUUAGGUACAUGCAAGAUCAAGAUCACAUUUGAGAAAACAACUGUCAAGACAUCGGGAAACUUAGCACAGAUUCCUCCGUUUGAGAUCCCAAGGCUUCCCGACAGUUUCAGGCCACCGUCAAACCCUGGAACUGGAGAUUUUGAAGUCACCUAUGUUGAUGAGAACAUGCGCAUAACUCGUGGGGAUAGAGGUGAACUUAGGGUAUUUGUCAUUGCUUAAGCUCAAAGGAUGUUUGACAUGUAAAGAUUUAAGUACUUUCCUGCCUGUUGUAGCCAGCCUUAUGACCCCCAUGAGUUUUGUACACAUCGUUUGAACGUUGAUUAUAGAAGUAUUUUAUAAUGAA